CUGUUAUCUGUUGGUAGAGUCUAGUGGCUUCACCGCUACCGGAGGAUUGUUGUCAUUUCUCAGUAGCUAGCCUUUAGCGCUAGCUGGACGUUUGAUUUUCUCCUCCAACAUACUUUGAUCCAGCAGGAUGUUAUUAUGGAGUGUGGCCCAGUUCUGCCAGACAGCCUGGUGUUGGAGAUCUUCCUGCGUCUGCCCCAUGAUGCUGUGCUGAGAGCUGGUCUGACCUGCAGACAGUGGCUGGCUGUCUCCAGAGAUGAGUUCCUGUGGAAGGAGCUGUUCUACAGCUACUACCGCAUCCCCCGCUCUGUACCCCGACACCCAGCGGCUGUGUCGUGGUACAGGGAGUUCAAGCGUCUGUUUGACUGUAUCCCUUGUGUGGAGGUUCAGACGCUGAGAGAGCACAGCGACCAAGUCCUCCACUUGGCUUUCUCUCACAGGGGUCACCGGUUCUCCUCCUGCUCCAAAGACUGCACUGUUAAGCUGUGGGACACAGAGCGGCCAGAUGGAAACAUCUCAUUGGUGCACAGCUCCAGCAUGCGGCAGUUCAACUGGGGCUACACCCAGUUCUCCCAGUUCAACGCUGACGACAGCCUGCUGCUCGUCUCUGGUGUUUACCUGGGCCCGCACCACUCCUCUUCUGGGGAAAUUGCAGUCAUCAGCCUGGAAAAUUACACAUUGCUGUCACGGGUGAGGAACAAGCCUUACGAUGUGUUUGGCUGCUGGCUGAAUGAGACCCACCUGAUCUCUGGAAACCUGCACUGGAUAGGCAACAUGACCUCCUGCUCUGUGCUCUGGCUCAAUAAAGCCUUCCAGGACAUCGAAUCAGAGAACGUCAACGUGGUCAAGCGCCUUUUCAAGAUCCAGAACAUCAAUGCCAGCACCAUCCGCACAGUGAUGGUGGCCCACUGCCGUCGCCACGACAACCCAGACUUGGUGCUGGACUAUGAGGCCCAGUCUCAGGCUCAGAGACAGAAAGGGCACCAGCAGCGGCAGCACCAGCCCCUCCUCUUCGACCUGGGAACCUCCGGCAGUGAGGAGGAAGAGGAGGAGGAAGAGGAGGCGUGUCAGAGGGAAGCAAGGUGUCAGGGCCUCUCUGCUCCACACCAUGCCCAGCCCACCAUCUCAACCCUGGAGCAUGUCAUGCAGAGUCGUAAAAAUGUAGGGCCCAUGGAGCUGGAGAUUGAGACACACGUGGCCCAGAUGAUGGGCAGAGCCCACACGAAAGCACCCGACUCCAACCUCAUCGAGCCCUCUGAGCCUGGGGAAGGAGAAGACAAAACAUACUUACUCUUCACCACCGGCAGCCUUACAUACUCCCCUCACCAGAUAGGUAUUAAGCGGAUCAAGCCCGACCAGAUGACGACCUGUGGUCCUGUCCUUGGCGAAGAGCGGAGCUCAGAUGAGUUUUUUGAUUCCCUGGACCACGUCAUUGAUAUCCACGGACACAUUAUUGGUAUGGGCCUUUCUCCAGACCACAGGUACCUUUAUGUGAACAGCCGGGCUUGGCCGGCCGGAUGUGUGAUCUCAGACCCCAUGUCUCCACCUCCCAUCGCCGAGGAGAUAGACCUGCACGUCAUUGACCUUAAGAGCUUGAGGGAGGAGAGAAGGAGCCUGCGCGCUCACAGAGCCUUCACACCUAACGACGAGUGCUUCUUUAUCUUCCUCGACGUCAGCAGAGACUUUGUAGCCAGUGGAGCUGAAGACAAGCACGGCUACAUCUGGGACCGUCACUACAACAUCUGUCUGGCCCGCCUGGCGCACGAUGAUGUGGUGAACUCGGUGGCAUUCAGCCCUGCUGACCAGGAGUUGCUGCUGUCCGCCAGCGAUGACUCCACCAUCAAGGUGUGGCGCUCGCCGCGCAUGGUCCGCCUGGCGCAGGCUCCCGCCCGCCCGCCGAGGCCCCGCAACCUCCUGUCGUCCUGGCUGAGCCGCAACAAGAACUCCACAUCUGCCAGCAGUGUCAAUGGAAAACCAUGAGUCAGGUUGGAAAACACUUAAGAGUGGGAGGGAGCGGGGAGAGGAAAGUUUGAUCUUUUUCCUCUGCGGUGUGAAUAUAUAUACACUCCAUGUAUAUGUACAGUGUGGUUACAGUCAGUGGUUUUGCUUGAGCGCACGCCGUUGUGACCCACAGCAGUGCCCGGCGUCUUCAGCUGACAGGAGACAAAAUGUGAUGUUGACUCAGGGUUAGACACAAGGGAGCGCCGUUGCACCAACAAAAGGACAGACUGCGUUGCUGUUUGCAAUGAAAUGUUAUCACAGAUAGAGAUAGUGUGGAGCUGACACCUUAGACGCACAAGACAGACGUUCACAGACCUGUACCCAAGAGAUGGGUUUCGUCUGUUUUUAUCUGUAAUGUUGCGCCUGAACAGGUUAGACACAGGACUCCUGGACCUGAGGUGUAAAUGCACUGCAGAGAUGGCACCUUAUAAUCGCGGUUGUCCUGUCCUGCUCAUCAGAGGAAAAGUGCUGCACCUGAAAAUGAUUUCAGAAAUCUGUUUUGUCCUUAUUAAUGGAUAUAUCCAACCGAUGUCUUGAGUAUAAACACCCUGUAAACCCAGUUUUCAGAGAAUUAUAAAACCGUUCAAAACCAAAAGGGAAAAAGAUACUGAGCAGCAUUUACUGCAAUCUGCCUUGGUUUUUAAUGACAUCCCAUCCUGUUGUUUUUGUUCCCCAGAAAUGAUCGAUCACUGUUCUUUUAAAUGUAGAAUUACUGAGUAAUUUCAUCUAGAGGAUUUGUUUGAGUAACAGUUAGCGAGAAGCGUGACUGUGUACAAAAAUUGUUGUGUGUGUAGCAAAUUGUUAUUGGGCCUAUAUUAUGUAGAAACGUUUUUAAACACCCCCCUUCAUUAGUAGCACAAACUCACACCCUUUAAUAUUGUCAAAAGACUGAGUCUGACACAUCAGGAUUCAUCAGAAACUGAUGCCUCCUGGACUUCUUUUCAUUACAAGAUGAUGAUUUUCUUUCCUCAUAAUUACAUGUGAUAGGCAAUUUAUUUCAAAGAAUAAUUUUCUCACUUCAUGUCCAAAAUCUCAAUAUAGAGUAUGAAAUACAUGGAUAUACUUGGAGCCCUUCCAAAAAACACUGCAACUACAUACAGGUAUCUUCAUUUUAGUGCAGUGUGAUCCAUUUGGUCCUGUGUUUGACUUCACCUGUUCAAAACUAUAUGUUAAUUUACCACUUAACCACCUCCACCAUCCAGAAUUUGUCCUGAGAUGCAUUAUAUUCUGUCAAAUAGUGUGCACAUUAGAGCAAGUAUUACAUUACUUAUUUAUGUACUUUAUAUCCCUUUCAGAAUACAUACUGGGGUGAUAAUCAUUAUUUUAACAUGGAACAAAUUGAAUUGUUAAAUUCAGAAAUAUUUGUAAAAUAUUGAUGAGAUAUGAAAUAAAUACAUUCAUUAAUUUGGCAGUUUUAUAAAAUUGUAAUUCUGUUAAAAGAACAAGUUGUACAUGAUUGUUUUAGGCACUAUUUGAUGUGAGCAACAAUAAUACAGAAAAAAUAUCAGUGGGUAAAAUUUCAUGGACAUUUGAAGUCACACAAAUGUCACCCAAACAUAGACAUAAUACAUGAGUGUAGUACAGUUUUAAUCUUGACAACCACUGCUGCGAUUGGAUUGUGUUCAACCUGAAAGUCUUGAAAUGUUUGUGUGUACAUGGGUUAUCCCUUGACUUUCCAUCAUACUCGUCAGGUCUUCAGGUCCUUCUACUUUAACCGAUCAAACAUGGCUCUAAGAAAAGCAAAAGAAAAACUAACACAUAACAAGCGAGCCUUGAGACUUUGUUUUUCAGUUGCAGUUUAACCAGCACAAGGGUCAGGUACUUUACCUGGUGCAUAUUUAUGUUUCCAUGGAGAUUCCCUGCUGUAGGAGGUUUUCCUGUAACUGAUUUGAAAGCCCUUUAAAUUCAUUGAAUGUGCACGUCUCAGUGAGUUCAACACUUCAUCAGCUGACUCUUAUCACCAGUUGAACAGUGUUUUCCUUGUUUUGAAAUGUGUGUAAUAAGUCAUGAACUCUCUCCUUGGCUCCCUUUGACAGCACUAAAUGUUACUUUUACUGUAGCCCCAUCGCCAUGUUCACUGCCUACUCCCCUUAAAUAAAAAGCAUGCCCUUUAAGGCCACAAGUCUCAAGAA